CCUUAUAGCCAAAUACACACACACACCACAGCAGCAAAACACCCAACUACUCGACAGAAAAUCCAUGGCCUCUGCAGCGCUCUUCUUUGUCCUCCUCGCCCUGGCCACAAUGCUGCCGCAGACCGCGUCGUCCGAGAAGGAGACGCACCUCAAGGUGUACUGGCACGACGUGGUGAGCGGCCCGAACCCGACGUCGGUGCCGGUGGCGCGUGCGGCCACGACCAACACCUCCAAGACAGCCUUCGGCGUCGUCAUGGUCAUCGACAACCCACUCACCGAGGGGGGCAGCCUCAACUCAUCCAGGCUCAUGGGCCGCGCCCAGGGCACCUACAUCGCCGCCGGCAAGGACCAGCUGGCGCUGCUCAUGCUCAUGAACUUCGUCUUCACUGCCGGCGAGUACAACGGCAGCAGCGUCGCCAUUAUGGGUCGCAACGCCGUGUUCACCGAGGUCCGCGAGAUGGCUGUCGUCGGCGGUACCGGCGUUUUCAGGUGGGCUCGUGGGUACGCGCAGGCCAGGACGCACACCUUGGACCUCAAGACCGGCGACGCCACCGUUGAGUACAACGUAUUCGUCAUGCACUAGUCGUCUCGGCCGUGGUCACAUUUUACCAGGACUUUUGUAUACACUCAAGUUACAAGAAUAAUUUAUUUAUUUUUGCGGAUGAAGAAUAAAUUUAUUUAUAUGCGUUACUUACGGAAAACUUUUCUCACAAUUCGUGUGUGUGUCAUUCACAAUUGAUGGUGCUGCCGUUUAAUAUUGAUAUUGUAUU